AUGGAUGUCGAGGAGAAGCCGCCAAGCGCGUUCAAGGAUGUGUCCUUGACGGUCGACGGAUAUGUCCUCGAUGCGCGCAAGCUGCGCAGUAUCGAGGCCGACGGAACGCUAGUGUACGAGGAGCCAAAACCACCACAGGCGAACGAGACGGAAACCCUCCAGAGGAUCUGGGACGAGGUCCCCGGCGGCUUCCUGGACCUGACGGAGGAGGGGCUGCGAGCUGACGGCGACGAGUUCCCCGAGCCGGAGGAGGAAGUCAAGGUCGAGGAAGGGGAGAAGGGUGGUCUCAUGAGUGCAGAGGACAUGGAGGCACUGAGGACAGAGGUGUGCUCGAACCUGAAUGACGCGCGUAAUGAGCUAUGGUUUGUUUUCGAACUCGCCAAGACGCUCGCCGCCAGCUCGGGCAUGACCUCCCACCCGCCACCAGAUCCGAUUCCCGCCUCCGCACCCCAGCCGAAGAAGAAGAAGGGCGCCGCUGCCGCUGCUGCCGCCAGCGCAAUGGCGUCCGCGGUCUCGACACCACUCCCCUCUGGGCCGGAAUCCGAGCUCGUCCUCCCGGCAGGCACAUACAGCACGACGCCGGGCACGGCGUCCGAGCCGCCCGUCCAGCUCCAGGCCGAGAAGCUCGAGACCGCCCUCCGUGCGCGAUCACGUGCGCUCGACGAGUGCUCCAACCUCAUCGACGCGGCGGUCAGCGAGCUUGAGCUGAUGUCAAACGCAUCAGAGCGGUUCGCGUCCGACCUCGACCAACUCCGGGGCAAGGAGCUGUGGGCGAUCGUACCGAAACCAGAGUUCGGGCGUGCGUCCACCGCCCCGAAUGCCCGGGCGCGCGACGUGGUGAUCCCGUAUGCGCUCGACGAGGCGCCGGCCGCGCUGCAUGCGCGGAGCCUGGCCGCCUUCGACCUCGACCCGUCCAAGCCCGAGAUGGCCUUUGGUGCGCGCUCAUUCCUGCGCCUCCGCUUCCUCCUGCGCCGCGGCGCCGAUGCGCCCACGUACUCCUCCGCAGUUUACGACGCGAGCAAGGAGGACGGCGCGGACGUGUGUGCGGUCCUUCGCGCGGCGCAGGCGGAGACGCUGGACGAGGACCUGUUCCACGAGCUGCGGGCUGAGGCUUUGCGCGUGGACGGCGCGCGCGUCGAGGCGACCAGCUUCACCCUCAAGGUGGGCAAGGACAAGCUGACUGCGGAACUUUACGACUCGCGCUCACCGCCGAGCACGCCCCGCGGCGAGCUCGCCGAGAUGCUCCUUGCCACUGCGCGGCUGAAUAUGCUGCACGGCUAUCGGCGGCGGAAGGCGCGCAUCGUCACGGGCACGGGGGCGCCGCACCCGCCUGCGCUCGUCACGCUGUUGUCGCUGGUGCAGUUCAUGGGUGCACUGGACGCGAUCCGGCCCACGCUCGAGACCAUAGUCGGCACGCUGAAGCAGGCGGGCCUCUCGGCGCAUCUGGCCGAGCGGCACGCCUGCGCCGACCCAACCGUGAGCGAGUGUCUCAUGACAGCGCGGGCCAAGUAUGACGUGCUCGGCGUCGUGUUCUCCCUCGACCUGGCUCCCGGGGCAAGCGAGGCGAGCAGGAACUGGGGCGGCGCCGUCGCCGCGCACAAUGCUGCCAUUAGCCAGCUGGGAGGGUAUGGACCGAGCACGGGCGGCAGUGGCGGGAGAGGGUUCCUCAGCGUCAACCUCACCGCCCCCGCGGCCAUUACCGUCGUCGUGCCCGGCACGAGCGCAUCAAGGGGCAGCCGGGGGCGUUCUAUGACGAGCUGGAGAGUCGACGGGGAGCGGUACGAUUCUGCCACUGCAGGCGUUGGGCUCGAGGACUGGCUCAAGAGCCUCGCAGGCGAGAACGGGUUCAGGGAGUAG